ACGAAAUUUUUUUUUAAUUGAUUUCCAUUGUUGAAUUCAACUUAUUGAUCAAAAAAAAUAGAUAAAUUUUUAAUUGUACAUGAAAAAUGGCAUCAACUUCUAAUAUGAAACAAUUAACAUCAUCUAUACCGAAAUAUGGUGAACGAAAAAAUUGGAUUCCUCGUUGUGAUGCUGAUUAUGGUGGUGGUGGUGCUUAUCCAGAGAUUCAUGUUGCACAAUAUCCAUUGGAUAUGGGCCGAAAACCGUCAAAGAAAAGUAAUGCAUUGCCUGUUCAAUAUGAUGCUGAAGGAAAUAUUAAAUAUGAUGCUAUAUUAAGACAAUCAUCUGAUCGAAAUAAAAUAAUCUACAGUAAAUUACAAGAUUUACUUCCAAGUGAAGUUUUGAAUCCAGAAGAGCUAACCAAACCAGAUGAAGAAGAGGUGAAUAAAACAACAGAAGCAACCAAAGCAGCAUUAGAGAAAUUAAUCAAUAGUAAAAUAUCAGCCGCAUUACCUGUACGACAUGCGGAAAAAGCUCAAGAAGCUCAAUACAUUCGUUAUACUCCAUCACAACCGGGCGAAGGUCAUAAUUCAGGAGCCGAACAACGGAUCAUUCGAAUUGUCGAUGUUCAACGUGAUCCACUUGAACCGCCACGGUUUAAAAUUAACAAAAAAAUUCCUCAAGCUCCACCGUCACCUCCACCACCUGUAAUGCAUAGUCCAACUAGGAAAUUAACUGUCAAAGAACAGCAAGAAUGGCGUAUCCCACCAUGUAUAUCGAAUUGGAAAAAUGCACGUGGUUAUACAAUACCAUUGGAUAAACGUUUAGCUGCGGAUGGUCGUGGACUUCAACAGGUUCAUAUUAAUGAAAAUUUUGCUAAACUUUCCGAAGCAUUGUAUAUUGCUGAUCGAACAGCUAGAGAAGCAGUUGAAUCACGUUCACAGAUGGAACGUAAAAUGGCACAGAAAGAAAAAGAAAAGAAAGAAGAAAGUCUUAGACAAUUGGCACAGAAAGCUCGAGAGGAACGUGCCGGUAUACGAUCAACAGCUCCAGAUAAUAGUAGUGAUGAAGAUGAUGAAGUCAGAGAAAGAAACCAAAUUCGACAAGAACGACAAAAAGAGCGACAACGAGAAAAGAAUUUAAUGCGUGCUGCACCGGAACGGCGGUCGAAAUUAGAACGUCAACGUGAACGUGAUAUAAGUGAACAAGUUGCUUUAGGUAUGGCUAAUCCAAGAAUGAAUGCCAACGAAGUUCAAUUUGAUCAACGAUUAUUCAAUCAGGCAAAAGGCCUGGGAACUGGAUUUGGUGAUGAUGAAGAUUAUAGUGUUUAUGAUAAACCAUGGCGAUCAGCACAAGAAAUGAAACAGAAUAUUUAUAGACCAUCGAAAAAGAAUGAUAAUGAAGUAUAUGAUGAUGAAUUAGAACAGCUAGCAAGGAAUCGUUUCGUUCCGGAUAAAGAAUUUUCCGGUGCUGAUCGUUCUACUAAACGUGAUGGACCAAUACAGUUUGAGAAACCCGAAGAUGAUGAUCCAUUUGGUUUGGACAAAUUUUUAACCGAAGUAAAAAAAGCCAGUAAACGACCCGAAGCAUCAUCGGCCACAUAUGAAAAUAGAAGUUCUUAUAAAAAACGAAAAGAUUGAAUGAUCCAAUUAUCAAUUAUCAUCGACCAGUAUGUAUUAGUUUUCAUAAAAUGCAUGAGAAAAAUUUAUUCAAUCAUCAUCAUCAUCAUAAAUUAU